ACGCACCAUGACCUCCAACGCCAUUCGUGGCAUCCGGCGCAAGAAGUCCACCUUAUCGGAGCCUUGACUGUGCGUUUUCUUACACGUCGCUACAUUGGAGAGUAUGAUCAUCAAUCAGAAACUCGCUACAAACAUGAAAUCCUGGUGGAUGGAGAACCUGUUCUUUUUGAAAUAUUGGAUACAUGCUCGAAGGCAGACGACGAUCUACCGAGUGCCGACACGUUGCACUGGGCGGACGGAUUUCUGUUGGUGUACGCCAUUACUGAUCGGUGUUCCUUCAACUUUGUCCGGAGAGUGAAACAAGCGCUCUGUGGUGACACCCCCAUUGCCCUGGUUGGCAACAAAGGAGAUAUGGUCCAUCUCCGACAAGUUAGCACAGAAGAAGGUAGCGAGAUUCUGGCGAAGGAUUAUGAAUGCUGGUUUGGAGAGGUAGCUGCUUCUGAGCAAGUAACUCAGGUUGCUGAUGCCUUUUUGGAACUGUGCCGAGAAGUCCUGAACGUUCGCCGAAAGAACAAACAAUCUUUGUUGGACCGGAUGUUGGGAAACAAAAACUCCGGGUUGCGAGUGUAUUCUCGUGGAAAGAGUGACAGUGCAUUACCCAAGGACUAAGAUCUACUUUUGAGAUAAAUUAAUGGGAAUUUUGAAGGAAAUAUGGUGUAUUGAGAUCUUCGACGUUACACGAAGUCAUUUCUUGUCCAUCUAGUCAACGACAGUUUUCACAAGAAUAUAUAUUGAAGUAUAUUUUUCAUCUAUUUGAUUUGUUCAUUCUCAAUGUUAUGCAUUGCUAAUGGGCAGAUAUGUUUUAACAAGGAUGGGAGGAAUUACUGUUGCAACAAAGAAGUCUUUGUAGAAGCCAUACAUUUUUAGAGAAUGAGGAAGAUGAAAUGCAUGGAUAAUGAUCAAUUCCCUUAUCCAAGUUUUGGUAUUUAUUGUCUUUUUUAGUUUUAAAACACGAGACGAAUAUUUCAAAUAUCUUAUUGCAAUGUGGUGUGUAAAACAUGGAAUACGAGUCAGACAAAUGUAUUCCUGAUCCUGAACUUGGAUCAAUCCUCUGUUUAGUCAGAAAAAUUGUAUUGUUACCUUUUUGCACCAAAGAUCUCAGAUUUCUUUUGAUGUUUACAUAAUUAAUACCUAUAGUACCUUUAAUUAAUGAAAAGAGCUUAAAAUAAUGCUGGAGUAUAAAGAAAUAUUAAAAUAUUUCACGCCUUUAAUGUGUUUUUAUUUUAUGAUUUUUCUCAUUUUCAAGAACCCCAAAAAAUCUUCUAUCUUUGUCUUUAGAGUUUCAAUAUAGACCACCAUUAAUCAGUAAGAUGUGAAUAGAACUCUGGUUAAAUAUUCUUUCCCUAUGAAAAAACUUCAAGCUCACAACUACCCAUUUGAAGUACGUUGUUAAAGGAAAAAUAUAAUAUUAAAUAUUUUCAUGAGUUCUUGAUUAAUAAGAGGUUCACAAUAUUAAAUAUUUUCAUAACUUGUUCAUGUUGAAUAUUACAAAAUCUAGUAAUUGAGGCGUAAUGCCCAAAUUCUUCUCGUGAAAUGAGAAAGUAAAGAUGAAAAUAUAUUGUGGUGAAAUAACUAAUUUUGUGCCAUUAUGUUUACAUAUAUGAAUAAUACAUUCGGAGAAUUUAUGUCAGUUGAAUAACACAAAAGUUUUGAAUAUAUUUUGAUCGGAAUGAGCUUGUGAGACUUCUGAUUAAUUUUAAGUUAUACUCUGCUGUUAUCUGUUGCAAUUUAAACAGAGCUCUCUGUAAUUGGUUCUCAUUGUCUGUAAUAAGUACCUGAUCGUCAGCAAAUAUUAUAGUUUUAACAAAAUUGGAUUAUUUAAGAAUGUCUGUAACAUGUAAAAAAUAAGCACCUGUUUCCAUUAUCUAACAGCGUUGUUUAAAUAGAGAUUAAAUAAGAUGGGGUGACAAACUACACCCUUGUCUAACACUUUUAUUAAUCGUCUCUUGUAGAAUCUCUCCUUUAUUUUUAUGUUAAUUUGUGUACCAUUAUAUAUGUUUUUAAUAACUUCAAUAAUGUGUAGGGGAAUUCCUCUUCUGUCUAUUAUGUUCCAGAACUUGUUUUUAAAACUUUAUCAAAUGCCUUGCUGUAAUCUAUAAACACUAGAUACGUUGAAAAAUUGUAUUACCUCCUGUUUUCUCUUAGUUUUUUUUUGUUUCAAUUUUAUGAAUUUAGUUUUUACUGCCGAAAAUUUGAUUUCUUCGUUGUUUCGAGUGAUUCCCACAAUAUUCCUAUUUUUUCCCAUACGUAAACUUAGUAGCUAACUUUUGAAUUCUUUUCAGAUUUUCUUUGCGAGAAAGUCUUACGUUACCCAAUAGAGACAGUAUUUUAUAACAGGAUGGACAUGGACAGAGAUACAUACAAUAAUUUUUCUGAACAUUUGUUUAAUGAUCGCAUUACAAAAUCCAACUCCCACUGAGAUGUUACGAAAACGUCGAUUUUUUGGGCAUCGAUUUCCAAAAGAACUCAAAAGCUACAUAUGUAUAUGAUAUUCAAUUAAAAAAUAUUUAAAAAAUCAUACUUAAAUAUUACUUGACCUUGACCAAUAAUCACUAGGCUCUUUGCCCAACAUCUUGACCUCAAUAUUCGGG